AUGCCUAAAGCAGCAGUGGAAAGGUAUUCUUUUAUCGAGAUUCCAGCAACUUCAGAGUCAAAACAUUUGCAAAUUCCGACGAGUAAUGAUGAUCUCCUAACGAAAAAUUGCGAACCGUAUCCACCGGAGCAUGGUGUACAAGGUCGUAUUCGUUUUCUUGAACCAAACCAGUAUCCGCAGCCAUCGAGAACACCGCGAAACAUACCAUCGCUUGAAAGUCUGGAAAUGGCAUCUUUCGAGACCAUGACUGAUUUGCAUCAAGAUGGUCCGAAUUCGGUUAGUCGCGGUCUUCAAACGGAUAUCAAUUCCGCAUCCGUCAUCGAUUGGGUCAUCGCGCAAAAGAGUUCGUCAACCGCUGAUAGUUCAAUAAAUACUUCAAUGCGUAAAAACAUGCCCAAACAGCGCACACAUUAUGUAUACCGCAAUGACCCACCGGAAGAACUCGGUGCCGACAAAGCUCGCGUUCGAGUUGUGGUUCGUGUUCGACCGAUGAAUAGUCGUGAAUUGGAAAGAAAUGAUCGAGCUAUAAUACAAAUGGAAAAUGAUUGUUCACUUAUGGUUCAAGGUGCGCAACAUAACCGACGGUUUACAUUUGACAGUGUUUUUCAAAGUGAUUCAACCCAAGAAGAUAUUUUUCAAAACAGCGGUAUCAAACGUCUCGUUGACAUGUCGAUCGAAGGUUAUAUUACAACAUGUUUUGCAUAUGGUCAAACAGGUAGCGGGAAAACACAUACAAUGAUCGGUCCCGGAGGUGCAAGUGUUUUUCGUAUGGAUGAAAACUACCGCAUAAAGCAUUUCGGAUUAGUCCCACGAGCAAUCAAUUAUCUAUUUCAGCGUUUACGAGAGAAAUCUCAAGAAAACCAUUCUCCUUACUAUAUUCGUGUAUCCUAUUGUGAAAUUUACAACGAACAAAUUCAUGAUUUGAUCAAUCCAGCUCAUACGCAAGGCUUACAAAUUCGCGGUUCUGUUGAAGAUGGAUUUUAUGUCGAAAAUCUCUUUCAAACCUACAUUGAAACUAUGGAUGAACUAUUAACAAUACUUGAAGAAGGCGAAUUAAAUCGAGCAAUGGCGUCACAUAAUCUUAAUGAUACAUCCAGUCGUAGUCACGCAAUGCUUUCCAUUCAAGUCGAACAGGAUAUAACCGAAUCGGAGAAUUCUGCCGAGCAAAUGACUCGCCAGGGAAAAUUGAUAUUCGUUGACUUAGCCGGUAAAAUCCUCGUUCAACAAAUCUUUCACGAAAAAACUUCUCCUAUUUUUCAUUCGACAGGCAGCGAAAAGGUUAAAGUAAGUUUAUCGAAAGGUAAACAAUUAAUUGAAACGAACAAUAUCAAUAAAAGUCUGCUGACAUUGGGUACGUGCAUAUCGGCCCUCAGCGAUCCUGUUAAACGUGCCGGUCAUAUCCCUUAUCGUGAUUCGAAGUUAACUCGUUUAUUAGCUGACAGUCUAGGUGGUCAUGGUAUCACUUUGAUGCUUGCCUGUGUAUCUCCAUCACACUCGUGUGAAAGUGAAACACUGAGUACGUUACGUUAUGCAAAUCGUGCAAAGAAUAUCGAAAAUGCGCCGAUUGUCAAAACUGACUCGAAAGAAAACGUUAUCAAUCGUUUGAAACGUGAAGUACGCAAAUUGAAAGAUGAAAAUUACGAACUGCGACAAAAGCUCGGCUCUCAAUCCAGUGUUUUACCAAAACUCAAACUCCGACACACCGAUUCAGGUUCCCAAUCAUCAAUACGAUCAUCGGCCAGUAGCGAUGUGUAUGACAGUCGUCAAGACAAUGGAGGCCGACUGAGUGGAACAACAACAAGAAGAAUUCGCACUGACCAUGAACUGUUAACACGAGAGAAUGAAAAACUCGUCAGAAAACUUGAUCAAGUUAUGAGAGAACAACAAGCACAACCCGGUGGAAAACAAAAUCAUAUACACGAACAAGAAAGUAAUCCACCGGAUAAUCAUUACGUGGGAAAAAAUGCUCGUGAAUCAGACGAAGAAAUGGUGCAGUUGAGUCGUCGGCCAUCUUACACAUCAAGAUAUCGAAAUAUUCGCGAUAAAAAUCAAGGUGAAACAUCGCCGCAACGACGUACAACCAAUACGAAUCGACGUGGAGUCGAUGCAGCUGCUGUUGACGUUCGUCGGUAA